AUGGGCAGCCGGCCCCGCAGCCCCAGCGCCUACCCUGCGCCCUGUCCCGGACCGCCGUCCGGAGGACCCGGCCCCGCCAAGCGCAGCCGAACCGAGGAGCUUGCAGGCCUGGAAGGCCUGGAGGGGCCCCCGGCCGCCGGCGCCCUCACCUCCGUGGUGGUUCUGGCCGAGGGCUGUGCCCUGCAAGUGCCCCUGGACGACGUGGACCUGGUGCUCGAGCCCGAGCCAACGUCGGUCCUGCAAGUGUCUGUCGGAGAGCUCACCCUGCUGCUGGUCCCCGAGGCCCUCCUGCGCUCAGGAGGGCAGGGCCACUCGCUUGUCGGCCUGGAACCCGGCGCUUUCCUGGGCGCGCCCGGGCACGACGUCGCCGUCGAGCAAGGAUUCUUCCGCGCAUCUGUCCCACAGAUGGCCCCCCAAGAAGAGGCCUACGAGGAAGACGCGGACCCCGCGUUCCUGUCGCCUCGGAUGGACCCUGCAGCCG